AUGUUUGACGAGGAGACCUAUCCCAACACAACAACCCUCACACCAGACCAGAAAGUCGAGCACUACCAAUCAGCUCUCACGCCCACUCCUACCGACCGCGACUUCCUUCUCGCCCUCCCCGACCCCCGGCCCUUCUCAGUCUUCCUCGACGAAACAAGAUCCUACCUCGAGAAAUACCCACUGGCACUGAUUGGUGAAGUGGGCCUGGACAAGCAAUUCCGCAUUCCCGAAGCCUGGCUUCCCGGUCAAAAUACAGAAAGAGAUGAUGGACUCACACCAGGCGGGAGAGAAGGUAGAAAUCUCUCACCGUAUCGCGUAUCUAUGGACCACCAGAANAAAGUCUUGCUGGCUCAACUAUAUGUAGCAGGAGAACUAGGUCGUGCAACUUCUGUACAUGGCGUCCAAGCUCAUGGCGUCGUCUUUAACACGUUGCAAGAAACCUGGAAAGGACACGAGCGAAAAGUGCCCAGCAAGCGCGAGCGUAGAAAGCAAGAGGCAGCCAAUCGAACGACCACCGAGGACAAGGACCAAGUUGCAAACGAAGAAAGAAAGCCAACACCAUACCCGCCACGCAUCUGUCUACACUCAUACUCCGGACCCCCAGAAACCAUAAAACAAUAUUUGGACCCGCGCAUUCCUGCAAAGAUCUUCUUUUCCUUUUCUUCCGUCAUCAACUUCUCGCAUGCCGGAGUUGCAAAGACCGAGGAUGCUGUCAAAGCUGUCCCUGUUGACAGAAUUCUGAUAGAAAGUGAUUUGCACACUGCUGGUGAAAGGAUGGAUGGAUAUCUCGAGGAGGUUUUGAGGAAGUUGUGUGAAAUCAAGGGAUGGGAAUUGGAGCAUGGAGUCAAGCAGUUGGCUGCCAAUUGGAAGAGUUUCGUCUUUGGUGAUGAGUAA